AUGAUUGUGACCGCGACCUUCCUGCUGGGCCUGGCGUACACCAAGCCGAUGGUAUUCGCGCUGGUGGUGUUUGUGGGAUUUCUGAUCCUAGCCCUGUUCAAGUACAACUUCCGCCACUGGCAACGGGAAAAUGUCCCCGGACCGAAGCCUUCCCUGCUGACGGGCAAUCUGGGACCUACCCUGACCAUGAAGAAGCACAUCGGUCAACUGUGCGAGGAGUGGUACAAGGAGUUCCCCAACGAACCCUUCAUCGGUUACUUCAAGGUGUUCAAGCCGGCAGUCAUGCUGCGUGACCCGGACCUGAUCAAGAGCGUACUGGUCAAGGACUUUGGCAGCUUUGCGGCGAACGACUUCCCACUGGAUGAGAAGGUGGAUCCGCUGCUAGCGCACAAUCCGUUCAUGGUGACCGGAGAACGCUGGAAGACGUCCCGUCAGCUGCUGACCCCGAUCUUCACCGUGAGCAAGAUGAAGCAGCUCUUCCCGAUGAUGGAACAGGUCAGCAAGCAGUUUGUGGAGUACGUUGGUCGCCAGCUGGGAAAAGACGUGGAGGCAAAGUCGAUAUCGGCUGCAUUCACGACCCAGAAUGUGGCCGGGUGUGCGUUCAGCUUGGACGCGGAAUGUUUCGACAAUCCGAAGAGCGAGUGGCGCGAGAUGGGCAAGAAGGUGUUCCAGCCGACCUUUCUGGCCGGGAUCAAGUUCACGCUGAUGAUGUUUCUGCCGGUGGUGACGCACGUUCUACCAGUUCCGUUCGUUCCUACGGAAGUCAACGACUGGAUGAGGAACAUGGUGUCCAAACUGCUGGCAGAACGACGCACGAAGCCGGUUCAACGUGAGGAUCAGUUACAGUCGUUGCUGAAUUUGAAGACUAAAACUGAACUUACUGAGGAAAUGAUUGCGGGUCAUUCGUUGGCAUUCUUCACUGAAGGGUUCGAAACCUCUAGCACUACGUUGGGAUUCCUCAUUUACAAUUUGGCCGCCAACCCAGAAGUCCAGCAAAAACUCUACGAAGAGAUCAAGGCUGCCAUGGAGGCCAACAACGACACUCUCUCCUACGACGUGAUGCAGCAGAUCGACUACUUGGACUGGACGCUUCAGGAGAGCCUCCGGAUCAACCCGCCGCUUGCUUCGAUGACCAAACUUUGCACCAAAAACUACAGCCUGAAGCGCGAAAUCAACGGCCAGCUCGUGGGCACGUGGAUCAAGGCCGGAACGCCAGUUCUCAUCCCCUUGCUAGCCAUCCACAUGGACGCCAAGUACUAUCCGGAGCCGCAGAAGUUCCGCCCGGAGCGGUUCUGUCCCGAGGAGAAGGCUGCACGUGGCAGCCAGAUGGUUUACUUUCCGUUCGGGGAGGGGCCUCGGAUGUGCAUGGGAAUGAGAUUUGCCCAGACCCAGGUGAAGGUGGCACUGCUGCAGCUGGUGCUGAACUUUCGGAUGACCGUUUCGCCGAACCACAAACCGUUUGCACUGGACACGCGGACGCUGCUGGUGCAGGCCAAGGACGGGCUGACGGUGCGGUUUGAGAGACGAUAAAUCGAUACAUUGUUGAUAGGAGAUAAAAUUAACCGUUAUCAUGAAUACAGGUUUUUAAA